AUGAAUCCAACUCAAGUUCCAAACAACUUGCAAGAUUUGGAUUCUUUGCAUUCUGUUAAUAAUGAGCAAAAUAAUUCUUACCAUCCUCCAAACUUCAAUACACAAACAGAUCACAGUUUCAUUCGUUAUUAUCACCUUAAUAGUACUCCCUACAUGCAACAGUAUUUUAGAGAUUCCUAUACGCAAAAUCAAAACGUUGAAGAAAAAUUUGAUGAUUAUUAUCGACGUGUUUUAUUUGCGGAGGAACCAAUCAUUAAUAUGGAAUUUUCUAAUCAACAUGUUUUAUUUACCGAGGAACCAAACAUUAAUACGGAAUUUUCUAAUGAUAAUCUUCAACAAAGGGCUCGAUGGGACGAAGAAGACAUCAAAAAACUACUCAAUUUUUUGAAGGAUCGGUCGGUUGACUUAAAACGACUAAUAAAGGAACGUGGUGGUUGCGGAAGUAAUGUUAAACGAAAGCUCUGGGAUGAUGCCUCAAAUGCUUUAUCCAAAAAAUUUCUUCCUAAGCAAUGUGAUGAUAAGUGGAAAAAUAUUAAACGAGCUUAUAAGCUUCAACCUAAUAUUAAGUUUAAUAAAGAUAUUAAAGAAAUUCUGAAGUAA